AUGGGAAACAGUAAUGGAAAGAAUGACGCCACUAAUAAUGAAAAGACAUCAUUGGAUCAAGAAACGUGUGUUUGGAUUAAGCAGCAAUUCAAGAAAAUAGCACCAAACACCGAUCUGCACAGUUUUCUGUUAACAUGUCAGAGUUUCAUUCGAUUUGCUGAAAUGGUUUUGGGUGAUUAUGAUCAACAAGCCGAAAUAAUUCUUAAAUUCGGAGAACCACUAGAAAAGAUAAUCGAAGGCAUUGUUUCGUCGUUCCUGAAAUGUGAAGGGUGUGUGGACGACUCACAGUCGCAGUCACUUCUUGUUGAAUAUAUCCUGAAAGGAACACCAGAGCAACAACAACCCUCUACAGUUGACACCAUAUCAAAACGUCUGUCACAUUCAACAGUAUUUCCAACUUUGUGCAAAUAUGUUUUCGAGACAUUGCUGUUCGGUUAUACCAAUAAGUUAUUACCGUCCAUCAAAGAACGCACUUUAUUAACAUCUGCCGCAUUACUACUAAUCACUCUUCAACUACCACACCAGUCAAGGAAUCAGUGGAAGUUGUUGUUUUCGAGUCGUAUUCAUGGUGAAAGUUUCUCAAAACUGUUGAAAGCAGUGGAUGGAACAGGUGCAUGCGUUGUUAUCGUCGAAACAACUCAAGGCCGUGUUUUUGGCGGAUUUGCGAAUGAGGGUUUCGUGUGUGGACCUCAGUACAGUGGUGAUCAGCGUUGCUUCUUAUUUGAGGAUCGUCAUAGCGUGAACAUAUUCAACGCGACUGGUUUCAAUGAGCAUUUCGCGUAUCUUAACCAUAUGCAGCAGACAUUGCCGAAUGGACUGGGUAUUGGAGGUGCUGACGAGAAUUGGUCGUUGUUUCUGAGGGAAGAAUUCGGUAAAGGAAUAUCAUCGGCCAAUAUAAGUACGUUCGAGAAGUGCUGGUUGGCUGGUGAGAAUGAAUUCGACGUACACAAUGUGGAAAUAUGGCGGAUUGGAAUGGCAAAGAAACGAAGACGUUAUGACAGUGAAGGGAAUGAGAUCAUCGAACAGAAAGAGAUCUCUGCGCUGGAUCGAGAUCCUGAAGCAGUGGCAGUGAUGGAGAUGAGUGGUAAACACAUGCACAGCGAUGGGCUGCGUGAACCGCAGCAAAUUGACGACGAGUAG